AUGCACUGCAAGCGUGUUGCCUUUGGCCUCCUGGCCGCCGCCGCGGCUGUCGCCGCCGCUGACGAUUCGGACGUCACCCAGCUCAAGAAGGACACCUUCGAUGACUUUGUCAAGACCAACGACCUCGUCCUUGCUGAGUUCUUUGCUCCCUGGUGCGGCCACUGCAAGGCCCUCGCUCCCGAGUACGAGGAGGCUGCCACGUCCCUGAAGGAGAAGAACAUCAAGCUCGCCAAGAUUGACUGCACUGAGGAGGCCGACCUCUGCCAGACCUACGGCGUCGAGGGCUACCCCACCCUCAAGGUCUUCCGUGGCCCCGACAACAUCUCCCCCUACUCUGGCCAGCGCAAGGCUGCUGCCAUCACCUCCUACAUGAUUAAGCAGUCUCUGCCUGCUGUCUCUCUGCUCACCAAGGACACCCUUGAGGAGUUCAAGACUGCCGACAAGGUCGUCCUCGUCGCCUACAUUGCCGCCGAUGACAAGGCCUCCAACGAGACCUUCAACAAGGUCGCCGAGAGCCUCCGCGACAACUACCUCUUCGGCGGUGUCAACGAUGCCGUCGUUGCCGAGGCUGAGGGCGUCAAGGCCCCUGCCAUUGUCCUCUACAAGUCUUUCGACGAGGGCAAGACCACCUUCUCCGACAAGUUCGAGGUCGAGGCCAUCGAGAAGUUCGCCAAGACCUCCGCCACUCCCCUGAUUGGCGAGGUCGGCCCUGAGACCUACUCCGGUUACAUGGAGGCCGGCCUUCCCCUGGCCUACAUCUUCGCCGAGACUGCCGAGGAGCGUGAGGAGCUCUCCAAGACUCUCAAGCCCAUCGCCGAGAAGCAGCGUGGUGUCAUCAACUUCGCCACCAUUGACGCCAAGUCUUUCGGUGCCCACGCCGGCAACCUGAACCUCCAGGCUGACAAGUUCCCUGCCUUCGCCAUCCAGGAGACGGUCAAGAACCAGAAGUUCCCCUUCGACCAGGAGAAGAAGAUCACCGUCGAGGAGAUCACCUCUUUCGUCGAUGACUUCGUCGCUGGCAAGAUCGAACCCAGCAUCAAGUCUGAGCCCAUCCCCGAGACCCAGGAGGGUUCCGUCACCGUUGUUGUGGCCAAGAACUACGAGCAGAUCGUGCUCGACGACACCAAGGAUGUUCUCAUUGAGUUCUACGCCCCCUGGUGCGGUCACUGCAAGGCUCUGGCCCCCAAGUACGAGGAGCUUGCCACCCUUUACAGCGAGAGCGAGUUCAAGGACAAGGUUGUCAUUGCCAAGGUUGAUGCCACCCUGAACGACGUUCCCGAUGAGAUCCAGGGCUUCCCCACCAUCAAGCUGUACCCCGCCGGCGGCAAGUCUGAGCCUGUCACCUACUCGGGCUCCCGCACCAUUGAGGACCUCAUUGAGUUUGUCCGUGACAACGGCAAGUACAAGGCCGAGGCCUCCAAGAAGGAGGAGGUUGUUGCCGAGGAGAGCCAGGCCGCGCCCGCCGCCACCGAGGGUGAGGCCGCCAAGGAGUCUGACGAGUCUCACGAUGAGCUGUAA